AAUAAUUCCCAAUCUCAUUCUUCCAUGUCUGUACCUUCGUCGUCAGUUUCUCGCCGGGGAAGAUUGUGUCGUUGCGGCUUUCAUACUAUACUUUUGACUGCAAAAAAGGGUAUUCAUGCAGGGAGACAGUUCUGGAGGUGUCCAUUUUGGAUGAUGCCAACCACAUGUAAUAUGUUUAUUUGGGUUGAUGAAGAAGAUGAGAUCUUUGAUGUUGAUGAAGUUGACGAUGGCAGAAUUGAUGCACUGUCAAAGUUUUUUUUAGGGGUUAUUGAAGAUGGAAGGAAGAAAACUGAAGAAGUUGAAAAGAAAUUUAAUGAUCAGAGGAUGACGGUCAAAAUUGUAGUGACUUUAUUGGUGUUGUCUAUGUUAAUGAAUGUUGUGUUUCUAAUGAACUGCUACUGCUAG